UAAGAAGUUAUUAACCUUUUAGCUUGAGUGGUUGAGCAUUUGGUCCAAUAACUAAAAAGAUCAAACUAGGAUUUGAGUAUGAGUUAACAGGAAGAUAGAAAAGAAGAGGUCAAAGAAGCUCCAAAAAUGGGAUUAUUCUCAAACAAAAUCUCCAGACAAGAAGUGAAACCUGGAGAUCACAUCUACUCAUGGCGAACUGCGUACGCCUAUGCCCACCAUGGAAUCUAUGUAGGCGAUGGGAAAGUCAUACACUUCACUCGUGGAGGUGGUCAUCGACAAACUGAAACCGGGACCUUUUUGGACAAGUUCGUCGUUAGUUCCUCGUCUCCAAAUUAUCCUCCGUGUCCUAUUUGCAAAGAUAAGCACAGCUUCAACGGUGACAAGGUCAUUACCUCUUGUCUUGAUUGCUUUCUUGCUGGAGGAAAUCUCUACCUCUUUAAGUACGAUGUAUCUUGGGUUGCCUUUCUUGCUAAACCUAGAGGCGGUACUUGCACAUUAGCACCUUCAGAUCCUCCUGAGGAUGCUCUUUUCCGUGCAAACUUCCAUUUACUGUUGGAUGGGUGGUUUGGUGAUUAUCACGUCGCCGUCAACAAUUGUGAAGAUUUUGCUAUCUACUGUAAAACUGGUUUAUUGGUGUGCCAUAAGGCUAGGUUUGGAAUCAGUGGUCAAGUCAAUACGGCUGCUUCAGUUUAUUCUGCUGCACUCGUGCUUGGUCUCAGUGGUUUGCCUGUGGCCGGAUUUGGUGCGUAUUGUUUUGUUCGCCUUACUAGUGACGUAGGUAUGACAGCAAAGCUAGGUGUUGAGGUUAUCAAGGUCCCUGUGGAGAGGCUAAUUGCCCUGUUAAAGCUAUAUGAUUCACCAAGAGAAGCCUGGUUGAGCAUUGCCGGUUCCAAGUUUAGGGGUGAAUGAUGUUGAUGCCUAGUUUGUGUUGUAGAAUGGAGAAUUUGCUUCUGUUUUUGUUGUUGAAUUCUAAUAUUCUAAGUUCCUUCAUUAGUACCAACCCGGGUUUUCCUUACUGAAGAAGGAAACACGGUUUCAAAAGUAUAAGUCAAUUACUACUAGACAACUAAAGUUAUUUUAGUGGUCGACCAAAAGAAAAGUUAUUCUAGACU